AUGGCGAAUUACCACACAACCCCGCUUGAAUCAACGACCCCGGAUGAGUUCGAACUCAGAGGUUCCGAAGACAGCAUUCGAAGGUCGCUAAAGGCCUGUGACUGGUCGAAAAAGAAGACGCAGAGGAACCGCCAGACGGCAGACAGCACAGGCAGAUACUGGGCGGCGCAGCUUGUCAACGACGCUUCGGUAGUUGUCACGCCAGCAAGUAGCGAGGAUGUCAGCCUUGCUGUCCAAGCAACGAUGAAGACGCCACUCGGGAGAGACUACGCAUUCGUGAGUGGAGGUCACUCGCUUACUGGAGCCUCUUCUUCGCGUGGGCUGGUCAUCGACUUGAAGCGACUGAACCACACAACCGUACUCCACAACUUCACGGAUCCGAUGACUCAGCGUGGUAUCACCGUCGUCAUGUACGAAGGGGGAGUCACCUCCUUUGGGCUACAAUCAGCCGUCAAUGGCACUGGUUGGACAGCGGUAACGCCGCGCGCAAGCUCCGUAGGCAUGGGCGGAGGAUAA